AGUCCUCCCGGGAGAAGGAGACGGAGAGAGGGGGAGCGGGGGAGGAGAGGGAUGGGGGACCGUCACCGGCGGACCGGGACACUCGGGAGUCUCACCGCCAAGUCCCGGGUCUCCAAGGAGACGAAGCUCCGGCUGCGCGUGAUCUUCCUGGACGACAGCGAGCGCACGUUCGAGGUGGAGCAAAAGGUUUUAGGAGGUGACUUCUUCAACAAAGUGUGUGGCCACUUGAAGCUGCUGGAGAAGGAAUACUUCGGCCUGGAGUUCAGACACCAGAGCGGCAGCUACGUUUGGUUGGAGCUGCUGAAGCCACUGGCCAAACAGAUUCAAUACACCAGCGAUCUUUUCUUCAGGUUCAUAGUCAAGUUCUUCCCUCCGGACCCGGGGCAACUGAAGAGAGGCCUCACCAGGUAUCUUUUUGCCUUACAGAUAAAGCAGGACUUGUCCAACGGCAGUCUGACCUGUAACGACAACAGCGCCGCCCUGCUGGUUUCUCACAUAUUGCAGUCAGAGCUAGGGGACUAUGACGACGAGCUGGAUUGUCAGCAUUUAGAAAUGAAGCAGUACGUCCCCAACCAGGAAUAUCUAGACCACAAGAUCAUCAAGCUCCACAAGAAACACAGAGGUCUGUCUCCUGCAGACUCGGACAUCCACCUGCUGGAGGUGGCGAGGAAGCUGGACAUGUACGGCAUCAGGCCUCACCCGGCCUACGACGGAGAGGCGAUGAGGAUCAACCUGGCCGUCACACACUCUGGAGUGCUGGUUUUCCAAGGAAACACCAAAAUCAACACAUUCAGCUGGGCGAAGAUCCGCAAGCUGAGCUUCAAACGCAAAAGUUUCCUCAUCAAACUGCACGACAAAGUCGGGCCGUCGUGUAAGGACACGUUGGAGUUUUCCAUGGCGAGUCGUGACGUAUGCAAAUCCUUCUGGAAGACGUGUGUCGAGUACCACGCCUUCUUCAGACUGGCCGAGGAACCGGGGGCGAUACAGAAAACACUGUUGUCCUGUAAGGGCUCCAGCUUUAGAUACAGUGGUCGGACACAGAAGCAGCUGCUGGAGUGUAUGGGAUCAGGGGGAAAGAAGCCUUCACAUUUUGAGAGGACUUACGGUCAGUCAGACCACGAUCCCAGACAGUUUCGAUCUUCUCCCGAUCUCCUCACCGACGUCUCCAAACAAGUGUAUGAGCACUCAAAUCCCUUCCCUCGCUCGAACCGUACUGUGGCGGUCCGCAGUCAGGACGAGAUGGACCCACAUCACCGAGGCUUGGACGACAUUGACGUCAGAGGAGGAGGGGCUAAACGCAGCCAAUCGUCUGUCGAGGUCACCCAGAGGUCCUUUCCUCUCGCCCAAGUCACGCCCCUCUCGCCUUCCCUCCACCAGUCGACCCCCUCACCGAAGACGAGGUCAGCCUCAACGUCGGUGAUGGACGACGUGAGGGGCGGACGCUUCGGGACGCAGCGCCAAGCCCAGAGGCUAGCCGGAGUUUACGGCAACCGAUCGCGACGCCGGCCCAAUCCGCAGCCACACGCGGACGCCGCGCAGCAGUUGGUCCUUCUUUACCCAAACAGUCCUGCCUACCAGUAUCACCCAGUCCUCCCGACAUUCCCAUCAGCUGUUUCCUCGCCGCUCAACCGUCACCCCUACUUGACGGACUAUGUUGCCGUUUCGUCGCUGGAGCGUUUCCCACAGCCGAGGAGGCGGGAUUAUGUGACAAUGGCUAGUGUGUCGCGGCCGUCUUUCUACCCGCUAAGUCACGAUUCGCCGUCUAUCUCACCAAUCAGAAGGAACCUCCGCCCCUACGGCUCAGGCGGGUUGGCCAGGGUUUACCAGCCAGGAAGCAACGGAGCAAGGUUCUUGGGCUCUGGACACACGGAGGCGGGGCAUUACAGUGACGACUCCAAUUUCCUGCCAGGGCUGCCUCGCCGCGUAGCCAGCCAACCAGAUGUCAAGUUUCAUCUCUCGAGGAGUUCAAACCCCGCCUUCAACCCGGCCUCUGAGUUCCGUCCCCUCGGUUACUACCCCCACCUGACGCGGCCCUCCAGACCCACCUACCUCCCACUAAACUCCUCCCCUCUGCCCGAACGCCCAGCGUCAUUGUGCAUGAUUGCAGGCACCACAGGAAGCUAUAGCGACUCGGACCCGGAGGUUUUCUACCCUUAUUACUGCCCACCGCCCCCGCUGGGGAAGGUGGUACGGUCAGCUGGACUAGCCAGGAUGAGGUUUUCCUCUGGGAGCCUCCAACUGGACGAGGAGGAAGAGGAGGAAGAGGACGAAGGAGCAGCGAAGGAUAUCAAGGGUGAGGAGGAGAAGAAAGUAAAGACUGAAGCCAGAGAUAAGACUAAAGGCAAAGCGAAGAUUACAGAGGUCACACUCUAGAUAAAGAACCAUAUUUCACAUCACAUUCAAAAGUGGCAGGAUGGUUUUUGACUGGAACAUCCACCACAGAAGAUACAGUAGAUAUAACAAGACAAUCGUGAUAAAUGUGACGGUUUUGUUUGUAUGAGAAGUGUGUUGCAGUUGAGGUGUACUGGCAGAUUUAUUGUUCUGUUUUUGACCUUGUUUAGAUCUGAGUUUCUGGAAACCAAUACCGGCUGCUGUUCGAUAGCCACCUGAGGGAAAACCUUGGAAAAUUUGGAGCAUUAAUACCUGUACAUGUAGCAUUCGUAGUUGGCCAAGCAAGGUAGAAAAGAAAAGCCACACUACCCCUUGCUACAUCAAGACUAAUACCUUUUUAUUGACACUGGAAGCUUGGUAGUAUGGUUUUAAAGCCAAUGUCAACACACCACUUUCAUGAGACAACAUUCCCAGCAAAACUGCUCCUCUUGGUUGGGAACGAGUUGCUCUGCCAAGUGGAAGAAGCCUCAGUAACUCUGGGUCUUGUUCACAAGUCAAGGGUAAAAUGGAACAUAAGACCGACGGGCGGACCGGUGCGGCAUCAGCAGUAACGAGGGUGCAAAGCCAGUCGACCUACAUUCCGUACAUCACCAAUGGUCGUGAGCUUUGGGGAACGCCUGGGGUCACACUUAUGGUGCGUUCACACCAAACACGACGAAGACUUUUAGCGCAAUGACACGAAGAGUAGAUGCGAACUUCUCGUCACUGUCGCCGGACGAUGCAAGUGGCGCAAAUAUGCGGCGUUGGCUUUGUGUUUGGUGUGAACGCAGCAUUAAAGUUAGGGUAUGAAGCUCGGACAUCCAGAAGGGGCUCAAAGCGGAGCCACGUCACGUCGCACCAGAUCUGGAGGUUUACUGGGAACGUCCAACUGGGACUGGUACACGGCCUGGAGAUAAACCAAGUCUUGUUUGGCCAUGUAGUGCAAAUACAUAAAAUCCACUUGACCAAUGUUUAAAAUAAUACUUUUGAGACUUAAUAUUAUAAACUUUGAGUGUUCUGUCAGUGUGACAAUUUGGUCGGGUUGGAAAACGUCCUGGGUGAUCUAGUUGGGUAACGUGUUUGUUAUUUUUGUUCAUACAACAGCGGAAUUUGUGAAUAAAGGAUUAAACGGAAGAAGAUAGUUUCCAAUUAUAUCCGGUUACUCAUAAAAGAAACAGAAAAGAAUGGAUUGCAUGAAACUCUAUCGUGACAGAAAAUGAAUUCUCAUGCAAAUGAAAACUUUGUACAAUGAAAAUCACAGGAAGGAGAAAAGAUUGUAGCUAAACUUAAGGGAAAAAAUGCAGAAACACAAGAUUCUCAAUCAAACUUAAAUAUUUAUUCGUAAAACUCUAAGUCCCGCUACAAAAAAAAGAAAACAUGAAUGUAAAAUCGUACAUCUUUCAUACAUUUCCCCCCUCAACAAGCAUUAUUGUAUCCCUUAUGAUAUAUAAAAAGUUCUAUAGUGUCUUUGGUACAAACUGUCAGUAACACCUCUGAUUACAGCUCCCCGUACCACUCUCCAAGAAUAACAUCAUAACAUCAAGAAUCAUGUUCAAAACAAUGCGUCAACAUUCAGAAGUUGACAGCUCUCACACAUUUUCCCGGAUUUAAAAAAAAUUUUGAUUCUUGCAAUGAAAUGACUUCCGGAGCCAGAGCAACAUUGAGAUUUCAUCAUUUCUACGAUUUUAUUCGACCGCUAAUUCGGAUGCUACUAUGUGGAAUGUUGGUGAUGACGCUGAUCUCAAUAUUACAAGUUGUGAUUAUAUAUUUGAAGACAUAUUUAACAGGCUAGACUAGUUCCCAAAAAUGAACUGGAGAAGAAUUCUUAAAUAGCUUUUUCUUUAUAAGAUUUUCACUUUGGAAAUUCAGAACUAUAAUGUACAAGUUUUUCACCCUUAUUCUUGAAAAUAUUUCAUAUAGGAGUAACGCUGAGGAAUCGGGUUUUCUGACCUUUUAGCAUUGUUUCAGUGGUAGAAUGUUCAUUUUGUUGUAUUUUUUAUUUUUUUACACGUGAAGGACCUGACAUACCCGAAUUAAAUUCCUGAAUCAGGGAGCUGUAACUAAAAAGUAUAACUGAAGACAACAAAACAAAAUGCAAUAUUGGCGUAUAACCUUUCUCAAGUGCUACUCAACAAACAUCUUAAAAAUAUACACGGUCAAGGCGAGCCGUGACACAAUAAGCACACCACUGCCGGUGGACUCACUUAUAUCUCAUAUACUGUGUACAACAAAAAUCAUCUGCACUUAACAAAAAAUGGCGUCUUCUUUCAGAAGACGGCGGAUUGCGUGAACAGUUAAGGCACAAUGACGGAGUUUAGAAAAAGUUGGGAUGUUUUAAAUUAAAGUUUGACAAAACGCUGUGCCUUAUUCUUCAAGAGAGAGAGAGAGAGAGAGAGACAGAGAGAGAGAGACAGAGAGAGAGAGAGAGAGAGAGAGAGAGAGAGAGAGAGAGAGAGAGAGAGAGAGAGAGAGAGAGA